CUUUUAAAUGAAUAGAAAGCCUGCUACAACCACGGAUACAAGGCUAGAAGACAUAUAUCUGUUAAAAACAUCCUGAAAUGGACUUUCCAAGCAACAAUGCCAUCCAAGAUUUGUUGAAACAGCUUAAGGACAUCAAUUCUAAACUGCAGAGUGUGAAAGAGGAAGGAGAGGAGGUGAACAUGGAUGUCCGUAACUGCCUGGCAGAACUGGACCACAGGAUGAUGCUGUUGAUUCAAGUGGACGAGCGUCUGUGUGACACGCUGGUUCAGCUGGACGCUGUGAGGCAGGAAAAGGAGAAGUUGGUCCAACAGAUACGCGAUCUGGGUGAUGUCACUCGGACCACAAAGCCAAGUGACGCGUGUUUGAGUGACAUGCAGAUGGAGGAGGCUCUGCUACUGGAAGAGGAGGAAGACCUGAAACGGCAGUGUGAACAACUGAAGAUGAUUUUAAAAAGGGCUUCGAAGAGCAAAAAGAAAGGACAGGAUCCACUGAACGACAGAGAGACAAGUAAAGACUCCAGUCAAAAUGUGACAGCUGUAAAACCAGGGAGAAAAAGAGUAACAUGUAAAUAAAAACCUGUUUAACACAUUUUGUGUUCCAUUGGACAGUGAUAUUAAUCUUUUUUUCA